AUGCAGGGUGAAACAUCGAUAGCUGUCCGAAAACGGAAGUCAAAGACAUUUACUGGAUGUUUUACUUGUAGAUCCAGAAAAAUACGAUGUGAUCUCCAGCGACCUUUCUGUCAAAAUUGUAAGAAAGCAGGAUGGACCUGUGGUGGGUACAAUAUAAAAUUGAGAUGGCUGACACCGGUUCAGUUCAAGAGAAAUGGAAGAAAUCCAUUACAGAAACCUGUUGUAUUUGAAAAGGAAAAAGAAGCCGAAAACGAUGCGGGCACAUCAGCAUUCUUUCAAAGAAGACAUGUCGGAUUUGUCACCUGGAACGAAAAGAAAAAUUUCAAGCCGUAUGAGACAUACGAGGAAAUUGACCAGGAUUUGAAUGCUCUACGAGGCUCUGAUAAGCUAUCCGAUACAACACUCAAGGGCCCCUUUGGCGUUUUUGCUCCCAAUGGUAUUCCGAAGACCACGUUGGCACAUCCGAAUUUAACAGAUUCGAUAUCUUCACCUGUGACGAAGCAAAUUACACCUGGUCUCCCUGAUAUUAGCAAUCAUGGAAAUGAGCACAUGUGGCUUUCUAAUGAAUUGAGAGAGCACGCCCUCUUGACUGCAGCAGCACUCAAUGGAGAUCCCCAGUUUUUGGACCUUGAUGUCCAGCCUUACGGCUACCAAUCUAUUCCUGACUCUCUGUCUGAUCUCUUAAAUUUCUUGUUUCAUAAGACUUCACAAAAUCAGGCUCUGAAUUCGCAUUCCAAUCCUCUCGCUACACCCUCUAACCACGUCACAUCUCAAGCACCCUCAACAAGAUAUAGUCCCAGUGUGGACACAAUGAGCAUACCUGAGAAGCAGGGACUGGAGAGUGUGGCCAUCAAUCAAGGAAACCAGCACCUAUUCUACUCCAACUUCAAUAACUUCUACUACAACAAUCCUUAUCAACCUAAUGAAACACUCGAGAUUCAAUUACACGCUAGCUCCCUGAAACAUGACGACGAGUCGACUGAUCUUGUUGAAGGUGACACUUCACAAACUACACAAAUGCCAGAAGCUCUUAUGUCGAUCGUAAGAAGCCCCUUACAGCCAAAGUUGGGCUUUGAUGUGUCUUUGCCAAAAAACGGAGUUUUGUUACCGACAACAGCACUACUGGUCGAGCCCCUCACCCGUUAUCUUUUAAAUUACUAUGUGACACAGGUUGCGGAUUUGAUGACAGUCAUUCCUCUCACAGAAAAUCCCUGGAAAACCAUCUAUUUCCCUAGGGCAUUAAUGGCCAUUGGAGAACUCUCGGCUCUUGGGAAAACUUCAAUCGCCAAAAAUGCUUUACUUAACGCCUUAUUGGCGGUAUCUGCCUUCAAUUUGCAGAGUAAAUUCACUAAAAAUUCCAAUCAAAUGAAAUUUUAUCUCAAUUUGGGAAUUAGGCUCCGGAAUCAAGCCAGUUUGUUUGUCAAGGCAUUACUUGACUCGCAUGGGAAUACACAAAAUGGAAUAGCCCAAUGUGUUGCGUCCGAAAAAUACAAAGAUACGCUUUGCGCCGUCAUGUCGAUGAUAUCCGUGGACUUGGUGUGGGGGACCAUGCAAGAUACGAAUUUUUAUAUCCGAUGGUGUGAGAAGGUCAUCUACACCAAAAUGAAAAAUAAGAAAAAGCUUUCGGCAAAGGGCAAGAUUUUACAUCGGAUUUUCCUGAGUCUCAAGUUAAUUCAAGAUUCUACUUGCCUCGACGUUGGCAACAUUAAAGACGACUUUAAAAUGACGUCGCAAUUUGGAUAUGAUGUGAAAACAAGAUUUGAAGUUGAACUACAAGACAACAAGACGAAAAGUGACAUCAAAUACAUCAUGGACGGAUCUGUCAAAUCUUCGCCUAUGUUCGUUAACAUGAAACUUAUCAACACCAACAAGAAUGAUGAGAAUUUUGCCACUGACGCAUUAUAUGGCUUACCCAACUCUCUCAUUUCACUUUUCAGUGAGACAGUGCAACUUUUACGGAAAAAGAUUUACCAUAGGGAUCUAUACAAUGCAGAGCCAGAGAACUUCCAGCAGCAAAGCUUCAACUUGAAAACUAAGCUCCAAAGCUGGAAAUUGGAUUGGAAGCUUUACGAAGGGAAUGAUGCAAACAAGUCAUUUUUCACAUCAAUGCAUGAGGCCACAUUUCAUCACAUCAUGUCCUUUUAUCACGCGUUGUCGAUAUACUUCAAUAGACUUAUUAUGGAGACUCCGCCAGAAGAAGUCCAGGACAAGGUCGCGAAGACUUUAGGGCACUUAAACCUGAUACAAAGGCUUAUAGCGAAAGACGAAGCACAUAUAAUUCCCUUGUUUUGGCAAGGCUUUAUUGCAGGCUGUGAGGCAGUGUCGCCAGAUUUGCAGAGUGAUUUUAAAAAGUGGGGUGCUGAUAUUGCACAAUAUUUGGGAAGUUAUUGGGGUGCAAGACAAAUCAUGCUCGAGGUUUGGCGAAGGAAGAAAGUUAAAGAAACAAGGGACGAUUGGGUUUGUGUGAUCCAAGACUGGGAUAUGAAUUUAAUGCUCAAUUGA